AUGUUGGUGUCGCCGACGGCCACUGCAACCUCUAUUGAACAGCAGACUAUUCAUGAUCUCAGAUCAAUCCUCCCACAAAUCGACAAUUUGAACGAUGGAUACGUGCUGCGUUGGCUUCGUGCAAAAGGCGGACGAUUCGAUGAGACAGCAGAGAGUCUGAGAAAACAUGUGACGUUUCGAAACGCGUGGCAUUUGGACACGAUUCAUCAGUGGACUCCGCCAGAGUGCCUCGAAAAAUAUUGUGGAUAUGGACUUCUCGGUGACACCGAGGGACGUCCGAUUCUGAUGUCACUUCUGGGAAAUGUUGAUGUCGAGGGAUUGUUGAGAUCUGUCGCCUCACUGGAUUAUAUCAAAUUCUCAUUGGCCGCAAUCGAGAAGGGAAUGAAACUUUGUGAGCAGAAGGCGGCGGAGUCCGGCCGCCCAUUUGAGCAAAUGACAUUGGUGUUCGACCUGGAAAACAUCACAUCCGCCCAUUUCUCAUGCAAACAAUUCGCUUCGUCAUUCACCACUCUCGUCAGCUUAUUCCAGGAUCAUUAUCCAAUGGUCUUGAGGAAAAUAUUGAUUAUUCGAGCCCCCGAAAUGGCACGAAUCGCCUAUGCAUCGAUUACCGCUAUCCUUCAGGAUCCAAUCACUCGUCUUGUCGAAAUGCCAUCUGAGUCCGACUGGAAAUGGUCUCUCGCUCAAAUCGUGAAUCUCGAAGGUUGGCCAAUGUACUGGGGAGGUAACCUCGUGGAGAACGGUGAUCCAAAAUGUCCAUCACGUAUCAAGUAUGGGGGCGGAGCCGUCGAUGAGUCAUAUUUCGUGGAUCCGAAGAAAGCGAUGGCGGAUUACGAUCAGUUGACAACUGUUUAUGCGGGGGAUAAGCACUUGAUUCAGAUUAAAGUGAAACGACCAAGUCGGAUUAGCUGGACCUACAUGACCGACGAGGACGACAUCGGCUUCGAAAUUCACUACGAUAAAACUGGCGCCUGCGACAAAUUGACUGAAAUGGAGACUGUCUAUCCAUACAUUCGUCUGGAAUGCACCAAUGUUCCAAUCACCGGACAUUUGGAUGUGACCGACGUCGGAAAUUACGUUCUGGAAUUUGACAACUACUACUCGUGGUUCUCCGCCAAACAACUUCGCUACAACAUCGAGAUUGAGGAUUUGUAA